CCCACCAGCUAUAGAGCAUGUAGAGAGACACGGUGCUGCUACACCGACACAAAGGGAGAGAGAGGAGACUGUCUGUGUGAAAAUAAAGCGCUUGUUUUUGGAUAUCACAGACACCACACAGCAUCACAAACUACCUGCGCUCUAGCAUGAGUUCAGCAGCAUCCCUGGAUUAAUCGGACUCUGCAGCCUACUUGCAAAGCGCAAGUUCGCUGGCACUUUGUCGAGGUCGAACCGCGCACAGAUCACAACGAUGGAGAGGAGCAUCCCGGGAUGGUGCGUGCUGUUCGCCCUCGUCCUGCACGGAACGGGCUGCAUGGCCGCCAAGGAGCUCCAGUGCCAGGAGAUCUCCGUGCCUCUGUGCAAAGGCGUUGGCUACAAUUACACCUACAUGCCCAACCAGUUCAACCACGACACGCAGGACGAAGCCGGUCUGGAGGUGCACCAGUUUUGGCCGCUGGUGGAGAUAAAGUGCUCCCCGGACUUGCGCUUCUUCCUCUGCAGCAUGUACACGCCAAUCUGCCUGGAGGACUACAAGAAGCCUCUACCGCCGUGCAGGAGCGUGUGUGAGCGGGCCAAAGCUGGCUGCGCUCCGCUCAUGAGGCAGUACGGCUUCCCAUGGCCAGACCGGAUGAGGUGCGACCUGCUGCCCGAGCAAGACAACCUGGACACGCUGUGCAUGGACGACAACCGGAGCCAGACCACCACUGCUUCUCCCGUGGUGGCGAAGCCGACCAACCGGCCCCUGAAACCGUCCAACCCCAGGAAGAAGAUCACCUACGAUCGCCGCAUCCCUGGGAAAACACAAACCCAGUGUGAGCCGGGAUGCUUCUGCCGUGCGCCCAUGGUGCCGGUGACCAGCGACGGCCACCCGCUGCACAACCGCGUCAAGACGGGUCAGAUCAUGAACUGCGCCAUGCCCUGCCACAACCCCUACUUCACCCAGGAAGAGAGGACUUUCACCGCCUUCUGGAUCGGUCUGUGGUCCGUCCUGUGCUUCAUCUCCACUUUUGCAACUGUGGCGACUUUUUUAAUCGACAUGGAGAGGUUCAAGUACCCAGAGCGCCCCAUCAUAUUCCUCUCCGCCUGCUACAUGUUUGUGUCCAUUGGAUACAUUGUCAGGCUGAUCGCCGGACACGAGGAGGUGGCCUGCAACAGGGAGAACGGCGCUGAACACAUCCACUAUGAAACCACAGGUCCUGCGCUCUGCACCAUCGUGUUCCUGCUCAUUUACUUCUUCGGCAUGGCCAGCUCGAUCUGGUGGGUGAUACUGUCACUCACUUGGUUUCUGGCCGCGGGCAUGAAGUGGGGGAACGAGGCCAUCGCCAGUUACGCACAGUACUUUCAUUUGGCCGCCUGGCUCAUCCCCAGCAUGAAAUCCAUAGCAGUUUUGGCUUUGAGCUCUGUGGACGGGGACUCCGUGGCUGGGAUUUGCUACGUAGGCAACCAGAAUUUGGAUAACCUGCGAGGUUUCGUGUUGGCGCCGCUGGUUAUCUACCUGUUCAUCGGCACCAUGUUUCUGCUGGCCGGGUUCGUCUCGCUGUUCAGGAUCAGGAGUGUUAUCAAGCAAGGUGGCACAAAAACUGACAAACUAGAGAGGCUGAUGAUCCGGAUAGGGGUUUUCACAGUUCUAUACACCGUCCCAGCCACUGUCAUAGUGGCGUGUUACUUUUACGAGCAGCACAACAGACAGACGUGGGAAAUUACGCACAACUGUACGUGCUUGACGGACCCGAACAGGCAAAGGCCGGACUACGCUGUGUUCAUGUUGAAAUACUUUAUGUGCCUCCUGGUGGGCAUCACUUCAGGGGCCUGGAUCUGGUCCGGGAAAACCUUGGACUCCUGGAGGACUUUUUGCACGCGGUGCUGCUGGGGGAGUAAAGCCUCCGCGGGCUCCAUGUACAGUGACGUGAGCACGGGACUGACCUGGAGGUCCGGGACUGCCAGCUCGGUCUCCUGCCCCAAACAGAUGCCACUGUCGCGGGUGUGAACAGGGGACAUCCCGCUCAAAUGCAUCUUAUGUCAUUUGACACUAAAGACUUAAAAACCAGCGCAUAUCAGCUCUUUUUGGGGACAAAGUGGCGCAAAGGCUCAUUUAUUUGGUUAGUUUGGUAAAUGAUUCAAGGUGAGUCCCCAAACUUCCAGUUUAGAUGAAACUUUGGCCACGAGCACUCCCCUAAUGUGAACUCUUUGAAUUUGUGGUAAUUUCUGCUUCAUUCUGCUCACAAAAGUUAGAAAGAUGA